AUGUCAGACAGGUCGAGCUGCUGGGACACCCUUACGAGCGUUCUAAACGCGAUAGCUCGAUGCAUUGAAUUCAUAACCGCCUGUGUGAAGUUCAUCUUCAGUUUUCUGAACUUCAUACCAAACGGUCUGAACUUCAUCAAACGUAGAUGGCGUUCGAGACGUGAGAGAAGGAUCGAGAGGCGCAAUGCACAGAACUCUCCACCAAACAGUCCCGCUCCCCUCACAGAAUCCCACGAGAUGCCGCCCAUCGAAGGCCCAAAACAGCCGGCAAAUGUGUCAGAAGAUCCUGUGUCGGAAGAGCCCGUGUUGGAAGAGCUUGUGCCAGAAGAGAGUGUGUUUACCGGUCAAGCAGCGAUGCCGCUCGUCGAAGACUCAAAACAGCCGGCAAAGGUGUCAGGAGAGCCUGUGUCAGAAGAGCCUGUGUCUGACAAGCCUGAGUCGGAAAAGCCUGGGUCGGAAAAGCCUGGGUCGAAAGAGCCUGGGUCGAAAGAGCCUGUGUCGGAAGAGCUCGUGUCUACCAGUCGAGCAGCGAUGCCCUACCCAGAAAAUGACGGUCGUGAACUCAACAAUCCAGAUGCCGGCUAUAAUAGACCUGUUUCCUUGAACACUCUCCCGGGCUCUCGAGACGGCAAGAAGCAUACUCCGUACAGGCUGGAUCACAGUGAACAAAGAUCAAUCCGGAAGUGA